ACGGUGCCCGCUAAGCAAACCCAAACGCAAAAGCACCAACAUCCUUAUCUUAUUCACAGUUCCUUUCAAUCUCCUUAUCUGCAACUCAUGUAUUAGUUUUAGGGUUUCCAAAUCGGUCUCAAAUCACCGUUCUGUACUACCAAAGAUGUCAAAGAACAACAAAGAAGAGCCAGAGACUGCUCCACAGCCUGAUACAUGGUACAACAUAACCCUAGGCAGCUCCUUCAAGGAUCACCAUCCAUCUUCUACGAAGUUCUGCACUUUGCGUUAUGAUUUUAAACCUGCUUCGAUUGAUAAGAGUCAAGGCGGGUCACUUCACAAGAGCAAGGAGAACAGAGUUACUGUUGAAUUUCAAAACAACCAACAAGGAAAGCCAAGAGUGACCUUUGAGGGUGUCAGUGAAGACUACAAGGAAAACGAUGCAGUGUUGUUCUUUGAUGGUGAGAACUUUCGGUUGGAGCGAUUACACCAAGCUGUGGCACAAUUGAGACAUGUUCGGGAUUCCGCAGUUGCAGCUGCCACCACAACUGUUACUUCAGUUGCACCUUCAGCAGAAUAUCCUUCAACCUCGGCUGUUGAAGGGGCAAAUAUGUUGUCUCCGAACAAAGGCCUAGUUCAUGAAGACCCUGUUGAGGUAAAGCAGAUUGACAUUGCCAGCUCAGACUGCUUAGAACCCAAAAAAGAGAAAGGUGUGGAGGAUUUAUUUUUCCUCUCUCAUCCAUCAACUAUGUCGCCAAAAGAUCAUGAAUCUGAGGAGCUCGUAGAUAUUUUCAAUGAUGCUGAUGAGGACGGUGGCAGGACAACUAAGACAGAGCAUUCACCUGGAAAGAAACUUCAUUCUGGUAUCGACAUUGAUAUUAAUUUACCACAUCAGAUUGACACAGAUGAUGAGAUUGCAGAUGUGGAUGUUACCGAUGAUGAAGCCAAUAAGGGGCCCAAUGCUGCAGAAGCCCUGAGAGCUCAGGUGAAUGCAGAGGGAAGAAAGGACCAAACUUCAACCUCGAGCAGUAGUAGUGACAGUGAAAGUAGCGGUAGCGGAAGUAGGAGUGAAAGUGGGAGCAGUAGCAGGAGUGGUAGUGGUAUUGGGAGUGUAAGCAGUGGCAAGAGAAAUAGUGAUGGAAACUCUUGUCACUCAAUAUGAAAAUUGAAGUUUAGUGGAUCACAGAAAGAGUGGGUAUUGAGCUGCUGUCAUGACAUGGUUUUGCCAUGAAAUGGCCAAGUCAGUUGCAGAGAAAGGGAAGGUAUAAUUUGAAUCCUAUCUGGAAGCUCCAAACACAUGUAGAAAAAAACCCGUUAGCACUCUGUCAGUAGUUUAUUUAGCUUUUGGUUCUCCUAGUAUUUUAGUAGACUGACCGAAAGUAUGUACAUAUUUCUUAGAAUAUGUGGUAGGAGAUACAUACAGAUAUACCCAUGUAUUUCUUAGAACAUAUGGUAGAUAGGUAGAGUUGUCAGCGUGAUGUUGUGAUGACCUUGUUUUGGUUGCUCUUUUCCAUCAUGGCCUUGAAUUAUACCUGUACAGUGUAUUAGUAUUACAGUAGGAUUUCUGGAUCAAUUUUUUUGUCAAA